AGGAGACGGAAAAGGAAAAAGGGGGCGAAAGGAGAAAAGCGUUAAAAAGAAAAGCAGAGUGAUGGAUCACGCUGCUGCCUAGAUACACUUCGGAGAAGACGAGACACAACACUUCAAGCUUCUUCCUUUUUGGUCCUCUUUUCAAAUGAAGCGAAAGGCUACCUCGGAAGCUCCGAACGAGGUUGUUGCUGCCUCCGACGCUGCGGAUUUGGGUGGCGGAGAUGUUGGGGGUGUUCAAGUUGAGAGCUUUGUGGGAGAUGAGGGUACUCAGUUGCGGAAAAGUGGGGGUGAGGAACCCCUUGUGGAGGAUUCUGAAGAUGAAGAAGAAGAGGAUGAGGAUGAGGAUGAGGAAGAGAAUGAAGGGGGAAAGGAUGGUGCUGUUCCUCAUGUGGCUGAAGGAGCACACCAACCUGUUGUUCUGGCUGAGAAUUUCUAUGAAGUUGAAGCUAUUCGUCGCAAGAGGGUGCGCAAGGGUCAGCUGCAAUACUUUAUCAAAUGGCGUGAUUGGCCCGAGACAGCCAACACAUGGGAGCCUCCAGAAAAUCUAGAGUCUGUUCCUGAUGUUAUUGAAGCUUUUGAAGAGAGCUUGAAGUCAGGAAAACCUCGUAAGCGCAGACGGAAGCACGUGGUGCAUCAUCAUACUCAACCCAAGAAGCGGCUGGAGCGUUCUAGCACUCCUUACAGCCUUCGACGUUUUUCAACUAAAACAGCUGAGAAGCAUACACAGUCUGCUCCUCUUAAUGAUCCUAUCCUUAAUGAUGUACCUGCCUUUCCUCAGACUGUGCUUUUUGCUGAUGAAGUGGGAAAUGGUGGUGAUGGCAACAGUCUUGGAAAGGCCACAGAUGGUAACGCUAACAAGGCUGCAAAUGGUUCCCAACAAAAUAUUGAAAGGAAUGAGGAAAAUGAUUAUGAUCCUAAGCUUAGUGAGCUUAAAGCUACGAGUGCCAAUGGGAAUGAUAUAGACAAGCUUGCAAUUCAGUUUCAAGAAGAUAAGCUUUCUUCAGGCAAUAAUUGUCAAAUGGAUGGUACAUCAAAGGGGGAUUUCUCAGACACAGUUCGAGGAGCCAAACGGAGAAAAUCUGGUUCUGUAAAGAGAUUCAAGAAAGAAGCACAUGCUGGUGGGCUUGCUAAUACUCAAAAUCCAAUUGGCACGCCUGUUGGUACAGUUGAGCAAGCACGAACAAGGAAUCCUAAUAGUGGUGGUAAUACUGAUCAUGCCAGUCCUGCUAGCAAUAUUGUAAGGAUUAUAAAGCCAAUAGGCUAUUCAGCUUCAGCAGCCAGUGGAAUACAGGAUGUUUUAGUAACCUUUGUCGCUUCAAGGUCUGAUGGAAAAGAAGUUACGGUUAACAACGACCAACUAAAAAAGAUCAAUCCAAUUCUUCUAAUCAAUUUCUAUGAGCAGCAUCUCCGCUACAGCCCUACAUCGUGACCAAAUGUGGUAUAGAAGCUUCAAAUAUGUAGUUAGAUUUCAAAGUGUUGGUAGUUUUGUAGUUAUGUUCAAGAAUGCCUCUCUUUUGUCGAUGCAGAAGUUAGUGAACUGAAGGGUAAGAAAUGCAUUGCUUGUUAGUGACAUAUAGGUAUGACUUUUUAACCAGUGGUUGCAGUGUGGCUCUACAUACUAUGAUAUGAUACAUGCUGAUGGCAUAAAGUACUAUAGUGCCUCAACACAUGAGGAUAGGGAAUAGUUUUCUUAAGAGUUAAUCAAGGAUGAAGAACUAUUUUGGAUUAAUGUCAAAUUUAUGGAAAUUCUUAGUCAUUUAUGAAUGAUUUUUUUUUAAAAUUUA